GAAAAACCCUCCCGGAAUCAGUCGUGUUUUUGCUGUAGAGAGAUUUAGAGUUAACAAAUCGCUGGACUGUUGGUUUAUGAGAGCAGGACCUCCACCUGAGGAAUACAACCGAUUGACAGAGAGAGCGAGAGCGAGAGGAAGGACUCACCAAAAUACAGAAGCCCACAGUGCUCAGUUUUUAUUAGAUCAAACGGAAUCCGUUUAAGGAUCAGAAACAAGGCCAAAUAUGGGUAACGAGACCUCCCUGCCGAUGGACAUGUGCUCCAACUUCGAUGCGGAUGAGAUCCGGCGAUUGGGUAAGCGUUUUCGGAAGCUAGAUCUGGACAACUCGGGCGCCCUCAGCAUCGACGAGUUCAUGUCCCUGCCGGAGCUGCAGCAGAAUCCGCUGGUGCAGCGCGUAAUCGACAUCUUCGAUGCGGAUGGCAACGGCGAGGUGGACUUUAAGGAGUUCAUCCAGGGCGUCUCCCAGUUCAGCGUGCGCGGCGACAAGCUCUCUAAGCUGCGCUUCGCCUUCCGCAUCUAUGACAUGGACAACGACGGGUACAUCUCCAAUGGUGAGCUCUUCCAGGUGCUCAAGAUGAUGGUCGGCAACAAUCUGAAGGAUACACAGCUGCAGCAGAUCGUCGACAAGACCAUCUGCUUUGCCGACAAGGACGAGGACGGGAAGAUAUCCUUCGAUGAGUUCUGCUCGGUGGUGGGCAACACCGAUAUCCAUAAGAAAAUGGUCGUCGAUGUCUAAAAAAAACUUGGUGACCGGACCCAAGGGGGAUCCAUCCCAUAUAUAGAGAUAUACGACUAUCGUUUAGCCAAUACAGUUCCAUGUAUGUGUGUGUUUGUGUGUAUGUGUGCGAGUGUGCGUGCGUGUGUACCUUCCGUUCCACCUGUUGUUCAGGUUUAUAAUAAAUGGAUAUAUCUUUCUGUCUGUGUCUUUCGGUCGGUCUGUAGUUCCCAUCCGCACUGAUUGUACGAGAUCCAAAACGAGGGCCUUGGGGCGUGCCAAAAAACACAACCAGAUAACGGAAACUAAGCUCGUAUUGUAAUCUAUCCAUGUCUAUACCUUAUCUCUGAACGAUCUCUCAUCCUCAGAAUGCAAUGAAUUGUGUCUUAUACUCAUACGAAAACCACCGGCAACGGACCACUAUGAAUCUUCAUCUUUAUAAUCGUACUCGUACACGUACUAUAAUGAAACAUAUUCCCAAAAACUCUUCUUCACUCGAAUUGAUUGAAACAUAAAACUGUUCCUUUUUCAUUCCGCACCACUCAUUAUACAAAUACUAUAUUCAUUAGAAAGUAUAUUGUAAAAUGUUCCAAAAACGUUUUCUUACAAAUUUAAGCUUUAAACUCUUAGACUGUUAUCUUCAAUUCGUUAUUUUCUUUCGUAACUAUACUUAAAAUUGUUAAUUUCCAUUUUCUUCAUAGUGGAUAAUGUUGUUCACUCGAAUCCCUAUUACAUUUCAAAUGUAUAACGAAAUAUACUUUCAAACUUUUCCCAGAUUUCCCAGACUCUAGAUUUCUUUAUAAGGUACGAAUCCAUAUUAUUCCAGUCUUAAUGGCUUUAUUUUAAGCAAACACUUUUCAAUUCCAUUUCCACAUAAUGAAACAUUCAAUACCAAUAUCUUUUUGUAAAAUAUACUGAAAUAUGUUUUCAAAACACAUUUCCGCUCAGUUUUUCUUUAACUUUAAUACCAAUCUUUUUCAUUUUCCAUUUCCUAUAAAAUACUUAAUAAAAAUGGAUUUCGAAUCUUCUGCUCUUGAGAUCCUUCCCGAGAUCCCUUUUUAUUUCUAUUAGAAAAACUAAGUAUAAGUUUAUGCACUACCCGGAGCCUCAUUGAAGCUGAAACCUUGGAUGGGAUCGCUUGGAUCGCAUUGCUCUGGAAAGUAUGCUAUGGCAAAGGCCCUAUGGGGGGGGUAGACAUCAACCCUUAAUUGACUUAAGAUCGAUGGAGUCUCAAACCUAGAUUGUACUGUAACCUAACUCUAUGUUCAAGAUUCAAGCCUAAUAAUUAAGUUCAUCCUUUGACUACUACUACUACUACUACUACAUGUUGUGUAUAAGAAUGUGCAUAAGAAACUGCACCUAAAAUUAAACAAUGUUUAUUGAAAAA